AUGUUCCGCGUCGAACUCGUCUCCGACACAUCAACAGCCACCCCAGGCUGGUCCUACGCCCCAACUCGAGGCUUCGACCCACCCCAAGCAAUGGCCCCAACCCUAGGCCGCAAACGCGGCAUCCGCGACGCCGGCAAGGGCGGCGACAUCUCCUCACGACAAGCAAACGCAAUCGCGCGACACAUCGCCGAACUAGACCGGGAGAACCAGCGCGACGUCACCAUCCCGGCACCCGUGAAACAAGCCCGCGAAGCCGGAGCACGCGGCACACGAGCAAAAACCACCUCUAACGUCCGCCGCAUCCUCCAAUCCCAAAAGACCUUCCGGAACCACCUGGACGACGAAGAAGCAGCAAUAGCCUCCGGCAGCGGCGGUGUGGCAGGCAUGCAGGGCGCAGGAGGCGCGAACAUCGUCGCGGCAAAGGGAGGCAAGACUGCUGCUAUGCGGCGUAGCGCGACACCGGCUAGUACGGCAGGUGUUAAGCGGUCAGCACCUGUGUCUGGUACGAUUGCUGGGCUGUCGACGCCUGCACGAGAGACUAUGGAUACGGAAACGGAUGGGGAUGAGGAGCCGGCGCGGAAGCCGAAACUUAUUAAGUCCGAAUAUGAUAAUGAUCCACUGCUGCGCUCGUAUGCGCCGCCUGUGCCUUCUGAUCGGAUUAUGCAGAGGUUGUUGGCGGAGCCACCGCUUUCUUAUAAUGCGUCGCGGGCGAAGCCGCUGGCGGCUGGGAGACCAGGACGGCAUUUUUGUUGGGUUGGUGUGUGCUGGGGUGUGUAUUAUUGA